ACACGUGUCUAAACACGACUCGCGCUCGUCACGUUAUUCACUAUUCACGUCCGUGCUCCGUGCCCCGUGGAAGAAACUUUGUGGUUAUCUUUUACAAAUGGCGACUUACGGUAAGACACGCCGUGCCGUAUAACCCGCAACCCGUAAGAUUAGUCCGGCUCGUUUUUGUCGUGUAAAUAAACGUUGAAGCGUUCGGCGCGACGUAUCCGAUUCAACGAUUGGACGAAAAGCGAUCCUCGACGCGCAACGUAUUCGAUAAUCUUGUGCUAACUAUUCCGUAAUAAUGGGAAACGCGAUGGCCGCCUCCGCACCUCCUCCACCGCCACCUCCGCCACCGGGUCCCGGACUAAUGCCGAAUUUAGGGAAACCGGACCCUUCGACGGAUGUCUACGCGCCUACCGAGGCGCCCAGCCAGAUCGAGAACCCGGGUACCAUCGAGGAUUUGCACAAAAAGUGUAAAGAUAUAUUUCCUACAAAUUUUGAAGGAGCAAAACUGGUAGUCAAUAAGGGAUUGAGUAAUCAUUUUCAUAUUUCACAUACUAUUAAUAUGAGUUCUGUAUCACCAUCUGGCUACAGAUUUGGCGCGACUUAUGUCGGUACAAAACAAAUUUCACCUACGGAAGCGUAUCCUAUAUUAUUGGGCGAUAUUGAUUCAAGUGGAAAUCUUAAUGCCAAUGUUCUUCAUCAGUUUGGUUCAAGACUCAAAGGAAAAUUGGCAGCGCAAGUGCAAAGAAAUAAAUAUACCGCUGUACAAAUGACAGCUGAUUAUCGAGGGGAUGCAUAUACCUGUUCGUUAACGCUAGGCAAUCCAGACAUUCUUAAUGGCUCUGGUGUCCUUGUUUUACACUAUCUUCAAAGCUUGACACCAUCGCUUUCAUUGGGCGGUGAGCUUGCGUACCAACGUGGGCCUGCUAUACCAGGCGGACAAGUUGCAUUAUUAUCCGCUGCAGGAAGAUAUACGAGUGGUGACUCUACAUUCAGCGGUAGCAUUAGUACAUCCGCUUGCCACCUCUGUUUCUAUCAAAGAGCUAGUCAACAGUUACAAAUGGGUGUGGAGUUAGAAAUUAAUGCGCGAAUGCAAGAAUCGACGGCAACGCUUGCCUAUCAAGUCGAUUUACCUAAAGCAGAUUUAGUGUUUAAAGGUAGCGUAGAUACGACUUGGACAGUAGGAGCAGUUUUAGAAAAGAGAUUACAACCAUUACCAUUCUCAUUUGCGCUCAGUGGUAUGCUCAAUCACAACAAGCAGCAAUUUAGAUUAGGUUGUGGCCUAAUCAUCGGUUAAGAACAAUGCGAAGCUAUGCAAUUUUCAAGGAAAUCGGGGAUUACGCUUUGUGCAGCCGGACAGUCACGUAAUCUUAGGAUCAAUGCCAUAUCGACUUCUUUCUGACUUUAGUGGUUAUCAGGGCAUAUUGUUUCGUUAAAAAUACAACCCAUGUUAAACGAUCGUGUUAAUUUGAUUAAAAGAUCUAUACGAAUUUCCAAAUUGGAUUUCUCGUUUUAACACACCGUC